AUGCCGGCGGAGCGGAAGAGGCGGGCGUUCCUCCCUUCGGCCGCCCUCGUCAGUCUUCUCGCUAUUCGUUUCUCAGAAGAAAUUGCACGGACCGCUCUGUCCUCCGCCUUCGCACAGGAUGCGGGCUCCGCACACAAGCCCUGGAUCGGAAACUGCCCUCGUUUCGGCUUUUCCUUCCAUGCGUCUUCGCACUCUUCCUCUUCUCUCCUUGAGACUCCGUUUGUAGUGGACAGCGUGGCUGCAUGCGCGGCCCGCUGCCACGGCUUCGUUCUCUCUUCUUUUUUCUCUUCUACGCUGUGCCGCGGGUUCGAGUUCGACCGGCGCAGCCGUCUCUGCUCGCUCUUCGCCUCUCUGCCAUCGCCCUUCGCGUCUCUCUCGCGGCCUUCGCCGUUCAUCGCCUCGGGUGUCUCUCCGACGAAGACAGCCGGCAGUCUGUGCGCGACGUCCUGUCUCGUCUCGGAGUGGAGCGCGUGGGGAGCUUGCGAGGGCGAAGGACGGACGGAACCUGGGGCCUAUGAGUCGACUUCGGGGAUUCAAAGGCGCACGCGACACAUUCGCAGACUCCCGCUGUGGGGCAACGAAACGUGUCCGCUCCUCGAAGAACUCAGACCGUGCACACGAGGAGACUCCCCACAGUGCGCCAUGGAGGGAAUCGGGAUUCUCGGGUGGGGCUGCAACCCCGAAGACGACUUUGCAGAAAGCGGCACCGACCGGCAUUUCGUGACGAGUUUCGAGGCCUGUGGGAAUCUCUGUGCCUCGGAUCCAGACUGCACUUUCUUCUCUCUCGACCGUCGACCGCGUGCCUCUGCCUCGUUUUCGCCGGGCGCCAGCCCGCGGAGUGAAGAGAGACAAGAUCCAUUUCCCAGUGGAGAGCGAGAGACGCACGAUGGGCAGGAAGUCUCCAUGCUCUGCUACAUCAUUCAUGGCCCAGAACCUGGAUGCAUGUUUCUCUCUGAACACUUUGUCUCGGCGCCGCGCCAGGGCGGCGCCUCGCGGUGUCCCUUCGACUGCGUGCCGGGCGAGUGGAGCGACUGGGCCCCGUGCAGCCAUCCGUGCAGUCCCGAGCAGCAACAGUCCAGAACGCGCGGGGUCAAGAUUCCAGCGCGAAACGGCGGCAGAGAUUGCCAGCUUGUCGACACCCGAAACUGCCUCGGAAGCCCCAUGUACCCGCGUGUGAAUUGCGCCCAAGCGGAGUGUACGUACUCGCCGUGGUCCUCGUGGUCGCCGUGCAGCAGUCCUUGCGAAGGAGGAACGCAAGAAAGAGUGCGCUCUGUUCUGACCGGCGGCAGCAGGCCGUGCAACGCAGUGAAAAUGGUUCGCGCAUGCAACGACGGAAUUGCCUGUUCUUCGCGAGGACAAGACUGCGAGUUCAGCGCUUGGGAGGAGUGGAGCGCAUGCAAGGCUGUGCCGGGCGCAGGCUGUGGCCAGCGGAGCGGCAGAAGGCAGAGACACCGGGGAAUUCUGAAGCAAAAGAAAGACCCGUUUUCAGGGCGGCCGCUGCCUUGCGGAGACAACCAGGCGUUCGUGCAAGUCGAAGACUGCGUCGCCCCUGGAACCGACGCUUGCGCGGAUGCAUGCGUGAUGACGCCGUGGACGAACUGGUCCGCAUGCAGCGCAACUUGCGGCGAAGGUUGGCGCACGCGCGUCCGGUCCAUUCUCAGACCUCUUCUCUCCGGGAGUGGCAAAGAAGGCUGCCCGCCGACCGUGGAGACAGAGCCCUGCUCGAAGACGGAACUCGCGCCGUGUCCCCCGGAGGAGCAAAGCGAAGAAAACGGCUUAUUCAGCUGGAAAACUCCGCAGUGCGAGAUGGGAGAGUGGCAGCCGUGGACUGCAUGCAACGACAACUGCCAGAGAUUUCGCUUUCGUCUUCCUCUCUCCGCCGCCGGAAGGCCUGCCUGCUCCGUCGAAAUCCAAGAGGAACCGUGCGACGCGAGCACGUGCGUCGCGGCCGCUCGCGCCGCUUCCAGUUGGAGCGGCGCCGGGAGACAGGCUGCGGCGUCCCAGGCGGGCUCUGACUUCUUGCCCUCGGAGAACUUUUCAGGAGCACGAGAUUCGUUCUCUCCUUUCGGUUCGGCCCCCGUCGUCCUUCCUGCCUCGCAGGCAGACGUCUCUGCGAUCACGCGCGCCUGUCUCCUGAGCAUUCUUCUCACGCUUCUCAUCAUCUUUCUCUUCAUCUACUUUCGGAAGAAAGGCAUUCGAGGACGCCGGUACAUUUAUCCGCUGGACGGCGGCUGGACCGCCGCCAGUUCGUUUGCAGGCGACAAUGACGAAACGACAAGCUUCGUGAUGACGCAGGGGCAAGAAAACUCGGCUGAGGGCAGCCAGGCGGCGACUGCAGGCGCGGAGAGAAGCCAGGAGGGCGAGGACGAAGUUGAGAGCAACGCGAGCGAAAAACUCGCGAAAGUCGACGUGGACCAAGACAUGUCUUUUUGGGACGACGAUGACGAAGAAACGAAAGAAGACAAGUAA